UGCGCAGAGCCGGUGUCGGCGCCAAGGGUUGGCAGUGCGUGUGUGACCGGGACACGGCGGAGGACUCGGCCCUACAGCCCCGGAGAGCUUCCCGCCAAUGCGGAGCCGCCGCCGUCCGUAGCUCUUCCCUCCGUCUGCAUGAGCCGGAACGGCGAGCCAGCAUGGUCCGGGAAACCAGGCACCUGUGGGUGGGGAACCUGCCCGAAAACGUGCGCGACGACAAGAUUAUCGAGCAUUUUAAACGAUAUGGACGUGUUGAAAGUGUCAAAAUCUUGCCGAAAAGGGGAUCUGAUGGCGGCGUGGCAGCAUUCGUGGAUUUUGUGGAUAUCAAAAGUGCACAGAAGGCUCACAAUGCAGUUAAUAAAAUGGGUGACCGAGACCUACGGACGGAUUAUAAUGAACCCGGCACCAUCCCGGGUGCAGCUCGCGUUUUGGAUGAUACAGUUUCCAUAACAUCUCGUAGUAGAGAGGUUUCUGGGUUCAGAGGAGGUGGCGGAGGGCCGACUUACGGCCCCCCGCAGUCACUUCAUGCACGGGAAGGACGUUAUGAACGGAGAGUGGAUGGGGCUUCUGAAACACGGGAGCGUUCUUAUGAACAUAGUGCCUAUGGACACCAUGAAAGGGGAGCGGGAGGAUUUGAUCGCACGAGACAUUAUGAUCAGGAUUACUAUAGAGACCCUCGGGAACGGACACUGCAGCACGGGAUAUAUUAUAAUUCUCGUCGGAGUCCCACGCGCUUCGAUGCCCAUGAUCCUCGCUAUGAGUCUCGGGUGCGGGAACCGUUUACAUUACCCAGCGUCGUGCACAGGGACAUCUACAGGAAUGACAUUUCCCGGGAGGUACGAGGAAGACGCCCCGAUCGGAAUUACCAGCACAGCAGGAGCCGGUCGCCUCAUUCGUCCCAGUCCAGGAACCAGUCCCCCCAGCGGCUGGCUAGCCAGGCGUCCAGGCCGGCGAGAUCGCCUAGCGGCAGCGGAUCCCGAAGCAGAUCCUCCAGCAGCGACUCUCUCAGCAGCAGCAGCAGUACCAGCAGCGACAGCAGCGACUCCAGCAGCAGCUCGAGCGAUGAGUCUCCGGCGAGGUCUGUGCAAUCUGCCGCCGUCCCCGCGCCUCCUUCCCAGCCGCUCCUCUCUCUGGAUAAAGACGAGCCUCGCAAGAGCUUUGGGAUUAAGGUGCAGAAUCUUCCUGUUCGCUCCACAGAUACCAGCCUUAAAGAUGGCCUCUUUCACGAGUUUAAGAAAUACGGGAAGGUGACGUCGGUGCAGAUUCACGGCGUGUCGGAGGAGCGUUACGGGCUGGUAUUUUUCAGACAGCAGGAAGAUCAGGAGAAAGCACUUAACGCGUCAAAAGCCAAGCUCUUCUUUGGCAUGCAGAUCGAAGUCACCGCGUGGGUUGGACCAGAAACAGAAAGCGAGAAUGAAUUCAGACCUUUGGAUGAAAGAAUAGACGAGUUUCACCCAAAAGCAACAAGGACUCUGUUUAUCGGCAACUUGGAGAAGACAACCACUCACCUAGAGCUGCACAACAUCUUCCAGCGAUUUGGGGAAAUAGUGGAUAUCGAUGUGAAGAAAGUGAAUGGAGUCCCUCAGUACGCGUUUCUGCAGUACUGCGAUAUCGCCAGCGUCUGUAAAGCCAUUAAGAAGAUGGACGGAGAGUAUCUGGGGAAUAACCGGCUGAAGCUGGGAUUCGGAAAAAGCAUGCCUACCAACUGUGUGUGGAUAGAUGGGCUUUCUUCCAACGUCACUGAACAGUAUUUAACCCGGCAUUUUUGUCGUUAUGGGCCUGUCGUAAAGGUGGUGUUUGAUCGAUUUAAAGGCAUGGCCCUGAUACUCUACAAUGAGAUUGAAUAUGCCCAAGCAGCUGUAAAAGAGACCAAGGGGAGGAAGAUUGGUGGGAAUGACGUUAAGGUGGAUUUUGCAAACCAAGAGUCCCAGCUGGCGUUUUACGGGUCUAUGGAGUCGUCGGGGCAGGAUAUACGCGACUUCUACGACAUCAUCUCAGAGAGACGAGGGGAUGAAACAAGGAGAGGGUCUUACCAUGAAUUUACAUCCACCGAGCGCACAUACUAUGACACGGUCCGCACGCCCGGCACGUACCAGGAGGAAACCAGACGAGAGUAUCCUGCACGAAGCAGAGAAUUCUAUGCGGACUGGGAUUCAUACCCCGCAGAUUACUAUGAGCAACGCUACUACGAUGAUCUGCGAGAGUACAGGGACUACAGAGACCCAUACGAGCAGGACAUCCGGGAAUACAGCUAUAGGCAGAGAGAGAGGGAGAGAGAGCGCUUUGAAACAGACAGAGAUCAUGAACGACGGCAAAUCGAACGCAGCCAAAGUCCUACCCAUUCCAGACGGCCUCAGAGCCCAGCAGGGUCUCCGUCGCAAUCCGAAAGAAUUACAAGCGACCCCGAACGCCGGAUCUACAGCCGCUCGUCUGACCGCAGUGGCAGCUGUAGUUCUCUUUCUCCGUCUCGAUUUGACAAGCUGGACAAAGCUCGGGCGGAUCGUUAUAUCAAAAAUGAAAAAACCGAGAAGGAACGCUCCUUUGACUUAGAAAGACCAGAUAAAGAGAAAAGGCCACCUAGGAAAGAAAAGACUGAUAAAAUUGAGAAAGACAAACCUGACCGGACAAAGCGAAAGUCGAAAAAUCAUUCUCCAAGCUCUCAAUCCUCUGAGACUGAUCAGGAAAACGAGAGAGAGCCAAGCCUUGAGAAACUGAAGUCUAGUAAACAGCAAGCCAAAGAAAAGCCAGACAAGGAUACAAUAGCCAAGAACCGCUUGGACCUUAUGCCGUGCGUGGUUCUUACUAGAGUCAAUGAAAAGGAAGGCAAAGUUUUUGAGCCCCCUGGACUUGAGAAACCAGCCAAGUCUAAAUCAGAUAGCGAGUCUGUAAAGUCCCCACCGCUGGACCAGAAACUGUCAGCGCCCCGACUCGAACAACCUAAGUUUGAGCAAGCAAAACUUGAAAUGGCCAGGAGCAAAGUGCCAAAAGAGAAGAUUCUUUCCAGCCACGUCGAAGUGGUAGACAAAGAGGGUAAGCAAAAGGUAAAAAAGCACUUGAAGACGGAACCUGUGGAAGGGGCUACGGCAGCUGACCUGGACAAACUGGAAGCUCGGAAAAGGAGGUUUGCUGAUGUCACUUUAAAAUGCGAUAGGCAGAAAAUGGAAGUUAGACGGAGCAACCAAGAUGAGGAGGAUCAACGCGUCGUAUCAAAAAAGCAAAUGGAGGCUGUUUCCUCAAGAGAGGUGACUGUGCUUCGGGAAGGAGAGUCUGAAAGGAAAGGCUCCAGGAAAGAUCUUCUGAAAAGGGAGUCCAGAAAAGCCAGACCCGACAGACUUUUUACACCAAGCAGUCCUAAAGAUGGCCAGGAAUCACUUGGGCUUGCUCUUCACCCUAACUCAGAUUUGCAGUCCCGUUUAGGAGAACCUGUCGAUGACCCGUUUGAAACAGCAGAGGCAUCGAGUAAAAAGGUUAGCGUCAUGAAAAUCCUUCCUCGCCAUUUGCAGCUGGCCGAGGACCUGGAUAAAGAAGCUGCUAAAGAAGAGAACAGGAAGAUGUACUCUCUCUCAAGAGAAAUGCUAGGACUGGAAAGAUCGGAGACAGAAGAGAAACUUGGGAUAGACAUCGAUUACACCCAGAGUUACAGAAAGCAAAUGGAACAGAGCCGCAAGCUCAAGCAGCAGAUGGAGCUGGAAAUAUUGAAAUCUGAAAAAUUUGGUAGCCCCAACAAGGAAAGUGAUGAGUUGGAGAGGAGAAGUCUUGUGCAUGAGGUGGGCAAACCACCUCAAGACGUCACAGACGACUCGCCUCCAAGUAAAAAAAAAAAGACUGAUCACAUAGAGUUUGAAAAUGCUACAAAAAGGGAACGGAACUAUCGGAGCUCCCGCCAGAUUAGCGAUGACCCAGAAAGGAUCUGUUCUCCGAGCCUGCGACAUUUUCCUUUUCACGAAGAUGAGGAUGCAACAAGUUCCCCACGAUUAAUACCGGUUAAGGAAUGCAGAGAGUCUCCUAAGGUGGAUGACAAAAUGGCGUUCUCUAACGUAGCUGUUAAGGAGGAGCCUUUUAAGCCGAUUCCCAGUGACUCGGUCAAAAAGGAGCCAAUUGCAGAAACGGCCAAAGUUAAAAUGUCUGUCAUGAGUCCUGACGAAGAGUACGGCAAGUGGGACAACCAAAUAAAGCCGGAGAGUAACAGGACUGACAUAAGCUUCCCCAGCAACAUAGUCAAGCGAGAGAGCAUUCGAAAACGCUCUCGGGAUCUAGAACCUGGUGAGGUUCCUUCUGAUUCUGAUGAUGACAGUGAUAAUAAAUCCCACUCACCCAAAGCCACCUCCUUGUUGGACACCUCAAGGUUUUCUAUUUUAUUACGAGACGGGGAAGAAAAACUGCGUGACCGGGAAGAAAGAUUAACUAGCUCUCUGGAAAGAAACAAAUUUUACUCUUUUGCAUUAGAUAAAACUAUCACUCCUGACACUAAAGCUUUGCUGGAGAGAGCCAAGUCUCUCUCUUCUUCCCGAGAAGAAAACUGGUCUUUUUUAGACUGGGACUCUAGAUUUGCAAAUUUCCGGAGCAACAAAGAUAAAGAAAAAGUUGAUUCUGCUCCACGACCGAUACCAUCGUGGUACAUGAAAAAGAAGAAAAUCAGGACAGAUCCCGAUGGUAAAUUGGAUGAUAAGAAAGAGGACAAUAAAGAAGAAGAGCAGGAGAAACAAGAGUUAUUUGCCUCCCGUUUUUUGCAUAGCUCCAUUUUUGAACAAGACUCCAAACGACUUCAACACCUGGAGAAAAAAGAUGACGACACUGACCUCUGUCUUCUUCGACCGUACGGAAGGCAGAUAUCUUCGGAUGGAACGAGCAGCGUGCCUGACCUUGUGCAAGAGCCGGUUGUCCUUUUUCACAGUCGUUUUAUUGAGCUGACAAGAAUGCAACAGAAAGAGAAAGAAAAGGAGCAUCGACCCAAAGAAAUAGAGAAACAAGAGGAAAAGGAGUCACAGCCAACUCCUGACAGUGUCCCUGAACCCAAGGAGAAGGACCUUAAGCCAUCUACAGUGCCAACCCCUGCCCCUGUUUCUCAACAGGAGCCUGCACCACCUGUUCCGGAGAAAUUAGUUCCAGAUAAAGCCCCACCUGACACUGAACCACCUAAAGAAGAUAGGCCGACUGAACCACCUGAGCCCCCACCACCGGAGCCUACACCUCUUCCGGUUUCUCCUCCAAGAGCUGUCGAUCCUCCAUCUCCACCAACUCCAGCAGAACCUAUACACAUUGUAGAGGAACCAAAGGAACCUUUGCCUCCCCCUCCGGUUCCUGAAGGUCCCCCACCAGAGGAGCAUCCUUCAUACUUGGAUACAAAGCCCCCUACUCCAGGAGCUUCUUUCGCAGAGUCCCGCUCUGAUGCUGUAGGUGAAAUAGAACAUGACACAAGCAGUAGUUCUCCUUCCAAGUCCAUUACAAAGGCAGAAGACAUGAAUGAAGCCUCUGAAGAUACCGCCUCGCUGACAAAUACAUGUCAAAGACCUGAUAUCGUUCCUGAGGUGCAGCCACAAGUUUCUGAAAAUGAUGUGGAAGCAGAGCCUCCUACCCCGGUGAAAGAGAAGAAUCGCCACAAAAAUAAGAGGUCAGUUGCUGCAGAUAAGCCAGCAACCAGAAAAAGUGUUCGAAUUGACCGUGAGAAACGCAACCGAUCCACAUCUCCACGUGGUGAGGCCCCAAAACAGACUGAAACAAAAUGCGAGUCUGAGCGGACUUCACGGGGCACAGCAAAGUCACCCAGCUCGGUUCCCGAGCCUGAGAUCUCAGAAACAAGUUUGCUGUUGGGCAGGACGAGGCGAAGAAACGUUAGAUCCAUUUAUGCUACAACCGGGGACAACGAUGGGCAGACCUCUACUAAAGAACCUGUUGAGACACCAAGGCCAACUAGGAAGCGAGUAGAAAAAGAACCCAAGGAGGCCCCUGCGGUUGUACCGAACACACCAAAAAGAGGUCGUCCUCCAAAGAUGCGACGUAGAACUGGAGAGGAGGUAUCUCCCACCAAAGCAGAGGCUAUAAAGCUGGAGUCUGAAGAUACAGAAAGUAAGGAACCAAUCGAGGCCACAAAGCCAACAGAGGGAUGGCGUUCUCCACGGUCACAAAAGGGGGCGCUGACGCACUCUCCUGGUUCUAGCAGUCAGGUGGGUAAGAAAGGAAAGACCGACUCUAAAUUACCACAUGAUGCUUCUGAGGAAUCACCUGAGGAGGUCAUUGAGAACAGAGAACCCGCUCCUGAAGACAGCAGCAAGGCAAAAAUGGCCAAAGAAGAAACUAUCACAGACAUUAAGCAUGAAUAUAAGGAAGGAGACACAGACAAAACUCUGAUGGAUGACCCCGUUCCCGAUGUGCUGGAGAAGAAAAGUCUUGAAAAAACGCCAAAGUCGAAAGUCGGGCGGACAAAGUGUGGAAAGACUGUCGUGCGUUUGAAAAGUGUUGAAAUUCGCCUCAACGUGGAUGAAGUUAAAGGCGCUAUGAGGCCUCUUGAAGAUGCUGAGCCUACGGCAGUAUCACCCAUUACGGUUAAAAGCCCUCAAAAGGAUGACGCUGUAACGACCGUUUUUACAAACAAAGACACGACUUUCCCGGAAACACCGGAAAAAGAGGCCAAUCGAGAUCCCAAGCUUACACCUGAAGCAGCGCAGCUCGCUCGGCAAAUAGAACUUGAGCAAGCUGUGGAAAACAUCGAAAAAAUCACUGAAACGGCCGACCCGGUUUACAAAGAUGCGCAGGGCGGUGAGGUGGCAGAAGGUCGCUCAGAAGAAGAUGGAGAAAAGCCUGCACAUCAGGCCAGUGAAACAGAAUUGGCGUUGGCUAUCGGGUCCAUCAUCUACGAUAUUUCUACGGAUGCUGAGAGCUUUCCGGCACCCCCAACGUAUCCACCUGAAGGGGAAACCGAGCUACCGGCAGAUGCUCCCACUGCCCCUGCUACUUCCCAGCCAGACAUGGAGCCCGAGACCGACCAGGCGGUGAAUGUUAUUUUAGAGACCGAUUCCGCCAUCGGUACCGAGAGCUCAUCCGCUGGUCCUGCGACAGCUGGAACGGAAUCUGUGGAAGGGAAAGACGUGAGCUUCAGCGAGUCUUCAAAUUCUGCGCAAGAAGCAGAGUCUCUGCAAGACGUUGAGUUCGUUCCCAAACAGAAAGGCCGGCCUAAGCAGACGCGUCCUAGGCGGAAAAAGCUACCAGGCAAAAAACUGGAGCCGACAGACAGCCACGCCGUCGCGGGUGAUGAUCUCCAAGAUGCUUCUCCCAGAAAAGAUGAAAAGAUAUUAGAGGAAGGCCAAGUUGUAAAGUCUGCUGAUCUGUCCGUUUCUUCCAUCCCUGAAAAACAGACUCUUGACACAAGUCUUAAUUCUUCCUCUGAAACCAUUUCUCGAGACGCCGAACAAGAUGACGACAUUGCGGAGCCCGCGAACGUAAGCCGUUCCCCGCAAACACUACUCAUAGACGAUGUUAGCCAGGGCAGUUUUAAGCUGCGUUCGAGUAUGGACAAUCCCCCUCUAUCGCCACCUAGUGUCGCCGCGCCUUCCGCUCUGUCAGCUGCACCAGGAAAACAAGCAGCACCUUUGCCUGCGGCUCCGUUAUCUCAUACGGGGUCGGCCAUCAUAUCAGACUGGAUGGUAAGGCAUGAAGAUACCGCUAGCAUUCCUACACCGCCACCUGCAAUGCCUCCAGAUACAAAGGCAUCUGACGUGGAUACCAACUCCAGCACCUUGAGGAAAAUUUUAAUGGAGCCCAAAUAUGUUUCUUCAUCUAGCAGUACUCCAACAACUGUCACAUCUUCUAUUUCCGAGCCUGUCUCUGCGUCCCAAGUAGAGGAGCCCGCUCCUCCACCUCCUGUGGAGGCCAUUAAACCAGUUUCUGAGGAAAAGCCUUCUGUCCCCCUCACUAAUACAGUGGUUCCACCUGCAGCGGAGGCUCCUGUUAUUCAGGAGAAAGGGGCUACGGUGACUCCCAAGGCCACCUCUGUAAUUAGCAGAAUGCCUCCUGCCUUUGAUCUGGAGGAGAUGCCGAGAAUCGCUUCAGGAAAGCAUUCCCCGCAGCUCCAGGCUGCGCCGCCCUGCAUCCCCUCGCAGAAGAUUAAGCAAAGGCAAGCCCCAAACGACGGUCGUUCCUGCAUGAAACCCACCAUGUCCAUCAUAGAGGAGCGACCUGCCGAAACCGGUCCUAGUCCAGGCCUGCGAGUAAACACGUCGCUAGGAAUAAUGUUCUUAACGUACUCUGGCCAAAAAACCGAGGGCCCUCAAAGAAUCAGUGCAAAAAUUAGCCAGAUCCCUCCCGCGAGUGCUGUUGAUAUAGAGAUCCAGCAGUCUGUUUCAAAGACUCAAGUGAAGCAAGAACCUCUCAACACAUCUCAGAUACUCCCGAAAGGCUCUCAACCCUCCGCCGGCUAUCAGCCUUACAACGCCUCUCCAGUUAUAUCCACUGUCAAGCAGGAGAAGCCUGAAUCCAGUCACAUAACCAUCCCCAAUGCUUCGUCCCAGGCUGGAGCGGUCAAAGUACUUACCCAGAACACCGCCCCGGUGCUAAUGCACAGCCAGGUGAUGCAGACUCAGAUAGGAGCUGCCAGCAAGAAGAUUACGGACGCCAAAGUGGAGUCAAAGGUUCUUCAGCCUGCGAGUAUGAGCCCCGGGCUCAGUCCCCAUCAUUCAUCGCUGUCUGGCAAAAUGCCGUCGGAAUCAAAUCACGUGGGCUCCGGGUCGAGCACGCCGACAGAGCGGACUCUCACACAUCAUGGGGUUAAACAGGAGCAGCAUACCCCCUGCACUGCCGGUCAUUCUCCGUCUCCCUUCACCAGAUCGUGUCAUCCCAGCGUUACGGCGUCAUCUGCCUUAAAUACCAGCGCCUCGGUCAUGCUGGCUCCUGGAAUCCCCGUGCCGCCUUAUCUGCCCAGUAUGCACCCAGAACAGACGGUCAUCAUGCCUCCGCACAGCGUGACGCAGCCGGUGCCACUCGGCCAUCUGGCUCAAGGGGACGUCAGAAUAAAUACCCCACCUCUUCCGUCAAUGCAGUACGGCAUUCGCCCGGAGGCGCUUCACUCUCCCAGAGCAGCUAUGCAGUCUCAGAUUGAUGUCCGACCCCAGAGGUCCAGCACACCCCAACCAGCACCUAUCCGAGAGAUAGUGCUUCCUACCAUGUCUUCCCAACAUCCCCCGGAAGAGGAGAUGCAUUACCACCACCCUGUUUCUAGAGGCUCGGGCCACGUCCAGUCAGACGUAUUGGUCAUGCAACCUGAUUACCGAAUGCCUACGUCAGGCAUGCGUAUAGAUCCAUACGGUGUCACUCGCGACGUCCGUAUGAUGAUGCACUCUCAUAUAACGGCUGUAAAUGAUCACCAUCAGGAGGCGAGACAGUCCAGAACGCCAGAGGGUCCGGUCAAAACGCCUCCUACCAGCAAGACACCACAGCCUGUGAAAGACUUGGCCAAACAACCUGAUGUAAAAAUGCCCCAUUCACCGCACAGCGAUGCCAGAAUGCUUAGUGUCCCACCUAGUGGGCUGAAUCUCCCUCAGCCGGUGGUGGUGCCUCAUGGUGUGCCUCUUAUGCACCCUUCUGGGGGUUCCUUUCACGAUUACCGUCCUGUGUACACGGAUAUACGGAACUACCACACCGCCACCCAGCUCGGUCACCCUCAGUUUUCAGGGGCAUCGCCCAUCGGUUUGCAGUCUCGGAGUAUGACCCCGUCACAGGUCGGCCCGGACGGGGAGCAUUCGCAUUCAAACCAGCCGGUACGCAGCAAAACGCCGCAAGUGAGCCAAGACUCCAAGGUACCGCAGCCCCUGGUCAGUGAGCAGAGCCACCACUCCUCACUCAACAGGCAUACUGGACAAAUGGAUCCGCACAUUCAGCAUCUGCAGAGGGGCUCCGUGGACACGUCUCAAACGUCCUACCCAUCGCCUGGUGCCAUCAACCUGAAGUCUGAAAUGUCCUCUUCUCACCAGCCCCAAGCUGUUCAGAAACACUCGGUGUUCAUGACUAACAUGACUUUGUCCAGGCCGGAAUCCCUGUCUGUCCCCAAACAGGACCUGCCCCAUCGAUCCGUCGACAUGGUACAACUUCUGACGAAAUACCCCAUCGUCUGGCAGGGUCUACUGGCGCUGAAGAAUGACACCGCCGCGGUGCAGUUACAUUUUGUGGCCGGGAAUAAUGUCCUGGCUCAUAGGUCCCUGCCGGCUCCCGAGGGAGGCCCUCCUCUGAGAAUCGCUCAACGCAUGAGGCUCGAGGCCACACAACUUGAUGGAGUUGCCCGAAGAAUGACGGUGGAAAGCGAUUACUGCUUGUUACUCGCGCUUCCUUGUGGCCGUGACCAGGAGGACGUGGUCAAUCAGACAGAGUCGCUGAAAGCUGCGUUUAUCACCUACCUGCAGGCCAAGCAGGCUGCGGGAAUCAUCAACGUACCCAACCCGGGGUCGAAUCAGCCUGCCUACGUUCUGCAGAUCUUUCCACCCUGUGAAUUUUCCGAAAGCCACCUGUCCCACCUCGCGCCUGACCUACUAGCCAGCAUUUCCAGCAUCUCUCCUCACCUGAUGAUUGUUAUCGCAUCAGUAUGAGCUCCAGAGCUGCCAUUCCUGACCUGUCGGACACCAGACCAGCGCUAGACGAAACAUUUUAGUGGCGAGAGCUGCCACUGGCUCCGAGGUGCUGGGGGGGUGGAGAGCGGAGGAGGAUAUGCAAGCUUCCCGCGGAGUGAGAGCCGACUUGGAUGUUUACAUAUUGGACAACGAUGCACACGGCCAGAAGCUUUGUGGUAUUGGCAGGCGCGGGAUGCCGCUGCCACACAACUGCAGGAUAUUCCAGGAUUUGUGCGCUUGUCGUGUAUUUUUUAUUUUUGAGGAGCUGAACCUGCCUUUGCACUAAAUUAGUGACUUUGGAUCUUUGUACAGCAUUUCCCUUGCCCCUUAUUUUUGUGUCAUAUUUUUGAUUGACAUGCUGUGAUGUUGGAAUAUCUGAACACAGUAGCGAUAUGCUGGUGGACUCAUGCAGGAGCCUGUGAAUAUUCAGCCAGUGACUGCGAAACGCGCCGGAGAGCGAGCGAGGGUUU